AUGGCAGGGGCAAUCGCACAAGGCGUAAUUGGCAGUGUUACUGAGAUGAUAGUCCAACAAACAGCUCAAGAGGCAGCGCUUGUUUGCAACUUCACCCGGGAUUUCAUCUGGUUGAAGAAGAGACUCACAACUCUAAGCGGUGGUCUGAAAUCUGUGUGCUCACUUUCUACAAAAGACGAGGACGUCAAAGAAUGGCUGGACAACGUGAGGGUCCCAGAUCUCUUCCAUCUCAAUAUAAAGGAUUGUCAUUACGGGUUGCGCAGUAACAUGCAGAAGGGAAUAUCAAAGCUGAGUUCUUUGCGGGUACUCAGAUCAAAUGAGUUGAGGCUCUCUGUUGAAGAUGAUGGAUUGUUAAAGUUGGAUGUUAACAUUACUGCCCUGCAGGAUCUGCAAACACUCAAAGUAGGGAAAUUUGCCAUGCCGAGUUGGGUAUGUAUACUAAGAAACCUGAGGACACUCACGUUAUGGCAUUCUGAAUGUAGCAGUUAUCCGGCAUUAGAAACAAUGCCUAACUUGGUAGAGUUAAAAAUAGUGACUAAUGGGAGUUGCAGAGAACUACCAAAGGCGUUUGGAAAAUCAUCCGGGUUUCCUAGGCUACGCUAUCUAGUUAUAUCGGACUUCCCUCUUUUGGAGGAGUGGCCGGAUUUGGGGGAUGGAUCGAUGGCCUUGCUCGAGAUAUUUUAUGUAGAAUGGUGUCCGAAACUGAAAAAAAAUCCAGAGGGAUUGGAACGGUUGGGAAGGCUAAGGGAGUUCUGCUACACGGGUACAGGAACAGAUGCAGAAUUCAGAGAAAGAUUGAGGGAAGGCGGGGAGGUUUGGAACAAAAUUAAAGCUGAAAAUCCGCGUGUGCGCAUCAUUGACACUUUUCUUUAG